GCAAGCGAGGGUUGUCGACUGGGAACUCCGGGAAUAUUCAGUUCCACGCCAUUCGCCGACAAGCGCGCUUGCUUUUUGCGCUACUCGACUUUGACCCUUAUAGACUACGAUCGACCAAACGAAAAACUUCCCAAUCAGUCCUACCCUUAAAGCGAACGAAACCCUCCAAAUCAAGAAAAUGACUCCAACUUUUAUCCCACUUUCGAAUAUUUUUCAGUGAUCGCUGAAUUUCUAGAACUCCUUAACCAUUAUGAUUCUUAGAAUUGAAUUUUACCAAAACCUUUAUAUGCACAAAAAACGACUGAAAUUUUCAACCAAUCACAUUUAAUGUUUUGAUCGUUUGACAGUAUACAAUAUCAAAUUUUGGACAGUAUUUGUUUUACUUCCCCUCAAUACAACUUAUCGUACAAUUAAGUGUGACCAAGUGACAUAGUUAAGUAGUUUGUGUUAAGUGUAAUUGUUAGACGAUAGUUUAGCUGAAAAAUACUUUUAAUAAUUGUUAGUUAUAUGAAAAAGUUAGUGUGUUAGACCUAGUGAAGUUACUGUAUUUAUGUUUGUGAAAAAAAAUACAUCCUCGAAUUUGUUGAAGAAAUCAGCUUAUUGAGCUGAUAUUUGCUGAAGAAAGCUCCCUACCUCCUUCAUAUGGCUCAAUAUCUCCCUUUCAAAACAUUCCUUAAUCCUAUCACAAUUCGAGAUAUUGAAACAAACAUUCCAAUUAACAACUAACCGAGUACCUACUCGAAAAAGUUUCAAAUUAGUAAUUAUUUGUCUGACACUCGGAUAGUCUGAGGAAACAAGCGCGCGAAUUCCUCUUCGGAGGGCGCGAGGGGCCGGCGCGAUGCGGUCUCGCCAGGGAUGUACGUAAUAUAUCCCGCAGACGAAGUAGUUUCCCUGACAUACAAUACGCAAUUGCUGCCCCGGCCGAGGCAGCGUCCGACGCUUGAUAAGAUCGUUGGGCCGCCGCCCCUCGUGCCGAGUAGAGCUCAGACCCCAACCCCUAGCACUACCCCAAUCUGUGCCCCAUCUUCCUCCAAAACGGCGCCCCCCGAGCCAGCACAACGCGCGCCGGCUUCGCCCACGCCAUCUCUAGAGAGGCCGGCAAAGCUGCGUGAGCGCACCAAGGCCAAGUUCCUAAAAAAACUGGGUCGACAUGAAGAUACUGAAUUUGGAAAGAUUGUUAGAACACCUGCUCCAGAUGAAUUUGAAUUACCUGCACCACUACCUACACCCGCUUUUUCGCGGAAAAACAUAUUCGACCGUGACUUCGAUGCGUUGUUUGAAGUCGCCAGUACUCCGGAAUUUUGUUCCAACAUUCGAGUUACAACUCCAGAGCCUGAUAGACGAUCUGAUGUUUCGGCGCCACACUUUCCAUCUCCUUCCGCUUCAUCGCUUAGUUUACUUCCACCUCGUCCUUAUUCGGAUCAGAUGUCUAACUCGUCUCUGACACCCUCAAUCCUCACCUCCUCGCCAGGAACGCCGACACCUCAACGGUCAUCAUUAGAAGGGAUAAAUUCAAAACCGAAAAAAGUCAGCUUUUUUCGUAAAUUAAGUCGGUCGAAGGAGCAGUCUCCACAACGUUCUGUCAAGAUGCAGCAGCCAUCUCUUGAAAUGGUUCUGAGAGAGCUGACACAUCCAACGCAUAAUGAACAGCUCAAGAACCAACAGCAAGUCACCUUUAAAUUAGUAAAAACAGUGUCAGACUUCACGUCACAAUUAUCGCAGGUGUACGAGCGACACUCAGCCGAGCUGCAAGCACUCGUCGCGACUUUCCGGAAGCGGAACAGUGAUCUUCGUAAGGAGAGAGCCUCAUGCCCGUCAUCGUUAUUCCACACUUGGGAGACGUUCCUUCAAGAAGUGGAAGCCGAUGUGGUGGGCUUUACGAACGCAUCCACGUCGCUUGAGAGAGUCGUCGCUACACCCCUUAUAGAGAAGACUUUCCACAUGAAAGUUCAGGCGCGGAAACUUUUCGCUCACCGCGAAGGCUGUGAAGUUAUCCUGGGCAAAGCUGACGAUCAGCUUAUUAAGAGUCGACAGGAGUACAGAGCGGCGUUCCUGACCUACUGCGACAGCUCGACCCCGGCUAACCUGGCGGCCUACUACGAGUCUCACAAUACCUACGUACAACAAUUGACAGCCACCAACGCCAUGAUUGAACAAUACCACAACCACACAUUGCCUACUAUACUACAGGAAUUAGAGGAGAUCUUGACGGACGUAACAGCCGCUGUCAGCGACGCUAUUUGUCAGGAAGGAGAAAUCAUUUCUGAAAAGUGUAACAACCAACUGAGAAGAUACGAGUCGCUGUGUGCUCAAGCCCGCGCGGUGUCGAGCACGGCAGACCUGGCUCACCUCGCCAGGACCCUGCUCAACAACCAGCCACCGAUGAGGACACCCAAACGAGCAUUCGCGCCGCCCUACCCACCAGAACCUGGCGACCCUCCGAUAGAUGUUCCAGCGGAGACAAUGCCUCCAGUUCUCCGGGGUGAGAUGUUGCUCGACAGAAUGGGGGGAGGUCAAGCUCGACUCACUUACGAACAGCUCUGGAAGGACGCUCAGGACCUUGAAAUACAGAUAAAGCAAUUGCAGGAUGGCUUGGACGCGCUAGCCCGCUUGCAGAAUCGAAGCCUCGAGAACGCCAUCUACGGGAAGGUGAAUGAAAUUCAGGAGGAAAUUUCAGUGAAGAAGUACGAGUACAGGGCCACACAGCUACAUUUGGCUGCAGUGAGAGCUCAGAGGGAGCUUUUUGCAGCAAAAGCCGAGAGCGGCACAGUCGAUCGGAAGCUUUCUUCUUCAUCAGCCGGCAGCAUGAAGAAUAAGUGGCUGAAAGCCUUCCGAAGCCUGAAGCCGCCAAGCGCUCCUCCGCCUCAUGGCGGACCUGAUAAGAGGAAUGGAGCCGCUCGUGACGGUAUAAGAGGUGAUUCGGAGGCGCACAAUUUUCAAGAAUACACCUACAAGAAAAUUACCCCUUGUGAUGUUUGUUCCCAAGUACUUCGAGGGCAUACCCGACAAGGACUACGAUGUAGGAUAUGCAAGAUGAACGUGCACACCGAUUGCAUGCCCCAGGUUGGAAAGUGUCAAACAAAGUCAAGACUGCUGCGUCGACAGAAAAGUACAUCCGAAAUUGAGGCUCACAGAGUUCAAGACCCGGGCUACGAGGAAGAAAGAGUACAUGAUGGGUGGCUGCCGGGACAAAGACUUGCCAAGAUGUGUUUCAAAAGAUCAGUCGGGUUUGACGAUAACUGCAAUUACUACAAUGACGAGGAACUAGAAGAAACGAUGUCACGACCCUUUGGACAACCGUUGUGUAUUACCAAUGAGAAUGGCGAUCCCCCGCCUUCGAUACUAAAGCCCACGGCAAGCGUUCGCAAGAAAAAAUGAUUGUUAUUGACCCAUCCCAUGUUGUGCAGGUCAUUUGAUUUAAUGUUAAAGAAAACUGACCCGGUGCGGCCAAUCGGCUCGUCUGUGACGGCCAUCAUUCUGAUGUCCCAUAUAGCACCCGAAACGCCCCGCGUUCAGCUGUGAUAUGUAUAUUGUUACUGUUGCAAUAAAACAUGAAAUUGA